CCCGCUCGGUGCCCGGCCGCAGGCCUCCCGGGGCUCGAGCGCGGCACGGCCCCCGUCGGCCGCCGCCAUGGCCCUCAAGAUGGUCAAGGGCAGCAUCGACCGCAUGUUCGACAAGAACCUGCAGGACCUGGUGCGCGGCAUUCGCAACCACAAGGAGGACGAGGCAAAAUACAUCUCGCAGUGCAUUGAUGAAAUCAAGCAGGAGCUGAAGCAGGACAACAUCGCGGUCAAAGCUAACGCCGUGUGCAAGCUGACCUAUUUACAGAUGCUGGGAUAUGAUAUCAGCUGGGCUGCCUUCAACAUUAUUGAAGUGAUGAGUGCCUCCAAGUUCACAUUCAAGCGGAUCGGCUACCUAGCUGCCUCGCAGUGUUUCCACGAGGGCACAGACGUCAUCAUGCUGACCACCAACCAGAUCCGCAAGGACCUGAGCAGUCCCAGCCAGUACGACACUGGGGCUGCGCUGACGGGCCUGUCCUGUUUCGUCACCCCGGACCUUGCCAGAGACUUGGCAAGUGACAUCAUGACGCUGAUGUCACACACAAAGCCUUACAUCCGGAAGAAGGCCGUGCUGAUCAUGUAUAAGGUGUUCCUCAAGUACCCUGAGUCGCUGCGCCCCGCCUUCCCACGUUUGAAGGAGAAGCUAGAGGACCCUGACCCUGGUGUCCAGUCGGCAGCUGUCAACGUCAUCUGUGAGUUGGCCAGGCGCAACCCCAAAAACUACCUAUCCCUUGCCCCGCUGUUCUUCAAGCUCAUGACUUCAUCAACCAACAACUGGGUCCUCAUCAAAAUCAUCAAAUUGUUUGGUGCUCUGACUCCGUUAGAACCAAGACUGGGCAAGAAGCUGAUUGAGCCCCUCACCAACUUGAUCCACAGCACGUCUGCCAUGUCCCUCCUCUACGAGUGUGUGAACACAGUGAUUGCAGUCCUCAUCUCCCUGUCUUCUGGCAUGCCCAACCACAGCGCCAGCAUCCAGCUUUGUGUCCAGAAGUUGAGGAUAUUGAUAGAAGACUCCGAUCAGAACUUGAAGUACCUGGGUCUGUUAGCCAUGUCCAAGAUACUGAAGACGCACCCCAAGUCCGUACAGUCCCACAAAGACCUCAUCUUGCAGUGCCUGGAUGACAAGGACGAGUCCAUUCGACUGCGGGCUCUCGACCUGCUCUAUGGCAUGGUGUCCAAGAAGAACCUGAUGGAGAUUGUGAAGAAGCUGAUGACCCACGUGGACAAGGCAGAGGGCACCACUUACCGGGACGAGCUCCUCACAAAAAUCAUCGACAUCUGUAGCCAGUCCAACUAUCAGUACAUCACCAACUUCGAGUGGUACAUCAGUAUCUUGGUGGAGCUGACGCGGCUGGAGGGCACGCGGCACGGCCACCUCAUCGCAGCGCAGAUGCUAGACGUGGCCAUCCGCGUGAAGGCCAUCCGCAAGUUUGCCGUGUCGCAGAUGUCAGCACUCCUGGACAGCGCCCACCUGGUCGCCAGCAACACCCAGCGGAACGGCAUCUGUGAGGUGCUGUAUGCUGCUGCCUGGAUCUGCGGGGAGUUCUCAGAGCACCUGCAGGAGCCCCAACAGACGCUGGAGGCCAUGCUGCGGCCCAAGGUCACCACGCUGCCUGGCCACAUCCAGGCGGUGUAUGUGCAGAAUGUGGUUAAGCUGUAUGCAGCCAUCCUGCAGCAGCGGGAGCAGGCCGCCGACCGUGAGGCUGCCCAGGCCGCCACCCAGCUCUUGGUGGACAGGCUGCCUCAGUUUGUGCAGAGCGCUGACUUGGAGGUCCAGGAGCGGGCAUCCUGUAUCCUGCAGUUGGUCAAGUACAUCCAGAAGCUGCAGGCCAAAGAUGUGCCGGUGGCUGAGGAAGUCAGUGCUCUCUUUGCUGGGGAGCUGAACCCGGUGGCCCCCAAGGCCCAGAAGAAGGUCCCCAUCCCUGAGGGCCUGGACCUGGAUGCCUGGAUCAACGAGCCGCCCUCUGACAGUGAGUCCGAGGAUGAGGCACCCAAGGCCAUCUUCCAUGACGACGAGCAGAAGCCUCCGCGGCACCGGCAGCCAGAGGUGGACGAGGAGGAACUGGCCCGGCGACGUGAAGCCCGGAAACAGGAGCAGGCCAACAACCCAUUCUACAUUAAGAGCUCCCCAUCCCCGCAGAAGCGGUACCAGGACACACCAGGCGUGGAGCACAUACCUGUGGUCCAGAUCGAUCUCUCGGUCCCAUUGAAAGUCCCAGGGAUGCCCGCGUCAGACCAGUACGUGAAGCUGGAGCAGGAGCGGCGGCACCGACAGAGGCUGGAGAAGGACCGGAAACGGAAGAAGCAGCGGAAGGAGAAGCGGCGCGAGGGCCGGCAUCGGCGCCACAGCUCGCUGCAGACGGAGAGUGACGAGGACAUCGCACCCGCGCAGCAGGUGGACAUCGUCACUGAGGAGAUGCCCGAGAAUGCUCUACCCAGUGAUGAGGAUGACAAAGACCCCAAUGACCCCUACAGGGCCCUGGACAUUGAUCUGGACAGGCCCUUAGCCGACAGCGAGAAGCUGCCUGUCCAGAAACACCGCAACGCUGAGACCCCGCAGUCCCCUGACAAAGAGGACAUCCCUGCGGGGGAGAAGAAGGGCAGGAAGCCCAGAAAGAAGGAGAAGAAGCAUCGAGAGAAGGAGCGGAGGAAGGAGAAGGAGAAGGUGGGCAAGGACCUGGACUUCUGGCUGUCUACCACGCCACCACCACUGGCCACUGCCCCGGGCUCCACCCCUUCCAUGGGUGAACCUGGGGUGGACGCUGUCGUUGCUGUCCCCAAAGAAGAGUGUGAGGAACUGAAGAGGGAGGAGCCAGAGAACGAAGAGGAUGACGAGGAGCCAGAGCUGGAGAAGAAGCCUUCCAAGCAUAAGAAGAAGAAGCACAAGAAGGAGAAGGAGGAGAAGUCCAAAGACAAGAAGAAGGCCCGCAGGAAGAAGCCCCUCGGUGAGGAGGUGCUGGAGGAGCCUAUGCACAACGGCACGCCGGAGGGGGAGCCUCUCCCGCCCAUGUCCAGCUACUGCCUUCUCGCCGAGAACUCCUACAUCAAGAUGACAUACGACGUGCAGGGCAGCCUGCAGAAGGACAGCCAGGUCACCGUGUCCAUCAUCCUGGAGAACCUCAGUGCCAGCUUCCUCAAGAACAUGGAGCUCAACGUUCUAGACUCACUCAAUACCAAGAUGACCCGGCCGGAGGGUGCCUCUGUGCACGAUGGGGUCCCCGUGCCCUUCCAGCUGCCCCCAGGUGUCUCCAAUGAAGCACGGUUUGUGUUCACUGUACAGAGCAUCGUUAUGGCCCAGAAGCUCAAAGGCACGCUGUCUUUCAUUGCCAAGAAUGACGAGGGCUCGACCCAUGAGAAGCUCGACUUCAAGCUGCACUUCAGCUGCACCUCAUAUCUGAUCACCACGCCCUGCUCCAGUGACGCCUUUGCCAAGCUGCUGGAGUCGGGGGACCUCAGCAUGAGCUCCAUCAGAGUCGAGGGCAUCACCAUGUCCUUCCAGAACCUUCUAGCGAAGAUUUGUUUCCACCACCAUUUUUCUGUUGUAGAACGGGUGGACUCCUGCGCCUCCAUGUACAGUCGCUCCAUCCAGGGCCACCACGCCUGCCUCCUGGUGAAGAAGGGUGAGAACUCCGUGUCGGUCGAUGGCAAGUGCAGCGACUCGACCCUCCUAGGCAACCUGCUGGAUGAGUUGAAGGUGACGCUGGCCCAGUGCUGA